AUGGUAUUAAAAUCAACAUCUGCCAGUGACGUCUCAGUGUAUCAAGUUUCCGGUACCAACACAGCCCGUUCCCUACCGGAUUGGGUUGCCAAGAAACGUAAAAGAUCAUUGAAGAACGAUUUAGAAUAUCAGAAUCGUGUGGAAUUAAUUCAAGAUUUCGAGUUUAGUGAAGCAUCCAAUAAGAUUAAAGUGACCCCUGACGGAUCCUCCGUCAUGGCCACAGGGACUUACAAACCACAAAUCCAUGUUUAUGAUUUCGCCAAUUUAUCUUUGAAAUUCGAUAGACAUACGGAUGCUGAAAAUGUGGAUUUCUUAAUUGUUUCCGAUGAUUGGACUAAGAGUAUCCAUUUACAAAAUGAUAGAUCCAUUCAGUUCCAGAAUAAAGGUGGGCUACAUUAUACCACCAGAAUCCCCAAAUUCGGAAGAAGUUUAGCUUAUAACGCAGUUAAUUGUGACCUAUACGUGGGGGCCAGCGGUAAUGAACUAUAUAGAUUGAAUUUGGAACAGGGAAGAUUUUUAAAUCCUUUCAAAUUGGACUCAGAGGGGGUUAAUCACGUUAGUGUAAAUUCUACUAAUGGGUUGGUCGCCACUGGUAUGGAAGAAAACGUGGUGGAAUUUUGGGAUCCAAGGUCUCGUUCAAGAGUGGCUAAACUAUUUUUGGAAAAUCAAUUCGAUAAUAAUGCAUUUCAAGUGACAACAACAAGUUUCCGUAAUGAUGGUUUGAAUUUUGCAUGUGGUACUUCUAAUGGGUACACUUAUUUAUAUGAUUUACGUUCUUCAGAACCAAUAACGGUAAAGGACCAAGGUUACGGUUUUGAUAUUAAAAAGAUUAUUUGGUUAGAUAAUGUGGGGACAGAAAAUAAAAUCUUAACCACUGACAAGAGGAUUGCCAAGAUUUGGGAUAGACUUGAUGGGAAGGCAUACGCAUCCAUGGAACCUAAUGUUGAUAUAAAUGAUAUCGAACAUAUCCCUGGUACUGGUAUGUUCUUUACCGCCAAUGAAGGUAUCCCCAUGCAUACAUAUUAUAUUCCAAACUUGGGACCAUCUCCACGUUGGUGUUCAUUCUUGGACUCUAUUACAGAAGAACUAGAAGAAAAACCAAGUGAUUCUGUUUACUCCAACUAUAGAUUUAUUACAAGAGAUGAUGUUAAGAAAUUGAAUUUGGCUCAUUUGGUUGGGUCCAAUGUUCUUAGAGCAUAUAUGCAUGGGUUCUUUAUUGAUACUGAAUUAUAUGAUAAGGUUGCAUUAAUUGCUAAUCCAGAUGCAUACAAAGAUGAAAGAGAAAGAGAAAUUAGACGUAGAAUUGAAAAGGAGAGAGAAUCUAGAAUCAGAACUUCUGGUGCCGUGGUUAAACCUAAGAUUAAAGUUAAUAGAACUUUGGUGGAUAGAUUAUCACAAAAACGUGGUGAUACUGCUGUUGAAAAGGUUCUUACGGAUGAUCGUUUCAAAGAAAUGUUUGAAGAUGAAGAAUUCCAAGUUGAUGAAGAUGCAUAUGACUACAAACAAUUGAACCCAGUGAAAUCUGCCAAGGAAACUGAAGAAGGUGCUGCUAAACGUAUUAGAGCAUUAACUGCAGCAGAAGAAUCUGAUGAAGAAAGAAUCGCCAUUAGGGAGGGUAAAUACGAUAGUGAUCGUAACUCUAGUGAUGAAGAAAGUGAGUCAGAUGAGGAAGAACGUAAUAAUGACAGAAAGGAUGAAGAAGUUAGUGAAAAGGAGAAGAAGUCAAUACAGAAACAAUUAAAAUCUAUUGAACGUAGGAAGAAGGCUAAAAAGCAGAGCGAUGAAUUUAUGGGUGAGAUGAGUGUGGGAACAGUUACUCCACAAGAAAAGGAUGUUGGUAAAGUUACAUUUGCUGAUCAAGUUAAAGACAUGACUGAAGAAGAACGUGAGAAGAAGUCAGAUGGAUCUAUCCUACAUCGUAAUCAUCGUGGUGAAGCUGAAUUGACAUUCGUACCACAGAAGAAGAAGCAAAUAAAGAAACCUAAGAAAAGAGUAGAAUUUGAAGAAGGUGAAGAAGACGAGGAAGCCGCCAAGAAUAACGGAAGGAGCAGACCGAGAAACGAAGGUAGAAGAAGAGCCAGUAAAAAUGUGUUCCGUGGGAUGUGA